CGCUGCAGCAGAGGAGCUGAUGAUUGCCCGUAAGAAAGACAUUAAAGCUUACUCUUACCCUUCCACCUCCUUUUGCUUGCUGCGACUGCUCUCUACACUACAUCCAUAAAAGAGACGUCGACGUCUCGUAUCUCAUCCCCUUCCCUUUGACCACCGCGAAGGGGCUUCCAUUCUCUUGCGACCCGACCACCACAUCUCCCAGAUUCACCACCACCAGCCUCACUGUCACUUUUUGAAAGCCACAGCCACCAACUCACGAUUGAUCUGCGCCAUCGUACAAUUCACUCCUCUGCUAUAUACUCAAAUCCUCUCUCGCUUUGCUUCAGCAUCUGCAACUCUCCAAUCCACCGUAUCGGUCGCAUACUACAGCUGCUUCUGCAUCGUUGAUCGCUUUGUCCUCGGCGCAAGGAAUUUAUCGUUCGAUACCGAAUCCAACCCCACCGAAUAUCCGUAAACCAGCAUAAUGUCUGAUCUCGCAGGAAGAAAGGUCUUCAAGGUCUUCAAUCAAGACUUCAUCGUUGACGAGAGGUACACGGUCACAAAGGAACUAGGUCAAGGUGCCUAUGGUAUUGUUUGGUAGGCCAUGAUUCCAACCCCUCAGCCUACAGCACAGCACAGCACAGCGCAAGAAGGUUUACUGACUACCUGCAGUGCUGCCACCAACACCCAGACCCAAGAAGGCGUUGCGAUCAAGAAGGUUACCAAUGUAUUCAGCAAGAAGAUUUUGGCCAAGCGUGCGCUGCGAGAGAUAAAGUUGCUACAACACUUCAGAGGUCAUCGCAAUGUGCGUAUACAUCCAAGUAUGGCGGGGUAAUAUGCUGACGGGAGCAGAUUACAUGCCUGUACGAUAUGGAUAUCCCAAGGCCAGACAACUUCAAUGAAACAUAUCUCUACGAGGGUAACAAGACACCAUACAAAUUUGCGACCCCGCGCUAACUCUUUCCUUCAGAACUGAUGGAAUGCGAUCUCGCUGCCAUCAUCCGAUCCGGCCAACCCCUCACUGAUGCCCAUUUCCAGUCAUUCAUCUACCAAAUCCUUUGUGGUCUAAAAUAUAUCCACUCGGCCAAUGUUCUUCAUCGUGAUCUGAAACCAGGAAAUCUUCUCGUCAAUGCUGAUUGCGAGUUGAAGAUUUGCGAUUUCGGUUUGGCCAGAGGAUUUUCCGUGGACCCAGAAGAGAAUGCGGGGUACAUGACCGAAUAUGUUGCUACUAGGUGGUACAGAGCCCCAGAGAUUAUGCUGAGUUUCCAAAGCUACACAAAAGCUAGUAAGUAUCCUACGUUUCACGAACCGCUGUGCCUUUCUAACAAAAACUAGUCGAUGUUUGGUCGGUUGGUUGUAUCUUGGCGGAGUUGCUUGGCGGACGUCCAUUCUUCAAGGGUCGUGAUUAUGUUGAUCAACUCAACCAGAUUCUCCACAUUCUGGGAACGCCAAAUGAAGAGACUCUCUCCCGAAUUGGGUCGCCAAGAGCACAGGAAUAUGUUCGAAACUUGCCAUUCAUGGCCAAGAGACCUUUCCCAAGUCUCUUUCCAAAUGCUAACCCGGAUGCUCUUGAUCUUUUGAACCAUAUGCUCGCAUUCGACCCAUCUUCCCGUAUCUCUGUCGAGGAAGCUCUCGAGCACCCAUACCUCCACAUCUGGCAUGAUGCUUCGGACGAACCGGGUUGCCCUACUACCUUCAACUUCGACUUUGAAGUUGUUGAAGAUGUAGGUGAGAUGCGAAAGAUGAUCUUGGAUGAGGUUGCCAGAUUCCGUCAACAUGUUCGAGUUCAACCAGGGACACAAGGAGCAUCUCAAGGUCCGGCCGUACCAAUUCCUCAAGGUGGUGGUGGAACCUGGGGAGCCGAAGAUCCAAGACCACAAGAAACUUAUGGACAAAAUGCGACUGGGUUAGAGCAAGACUUGCAGGGUGGUUUGGAUGCUAUGCAUUCAUAGAGUUGCUAUGACUAGAAUCCGCGUGGUGUUGGAUUGAUUUCUUAUGAUGGUGUUUACGAUGAAUGGAUAUUAAGGACGCAUUUAGGUGUUUGUUCUUGGGAAGGUAUGAGAUGAGAUGAUGAUAUUUGAUGGGAUGUUCCAUUCAUGAGGUAUGUUUGGUUGGCAGCAGAAGAUGAAAUGACGGUUUUUGGUGGUAU